AAUAUUAUAUCCGGCCAGUCGAAAAACCCCGUGAUAGCAAAAAUUUCCUAGAAAUCCACUAAUUAAUUAUGGGCUAACGGUUUCAUGUGUUAAUUAUUGAAGUGCUGCUGAAACAAUUAUGGCUUCAGCAUAGAAACUGGUUAAGUUAACAGGGUUCGUACUUGUACUUUAUGGUAGGAUGCUUGUCAGUAAUAAUAGACGUCUGUUCAUAGUUUCAUGCUGAAAAUAACGAAAUAGAAAUUCUUGAGUCGUCAGAAAGCCGGAAGGAGAAGCCAUUUUCAAGUCUGGAUGAAACCACAGGAAAUAAUAACAGCUUGCCAGUUAAACACAGAAUGCAUCGUUCAGCAGUCAGACCGUUCUUCUGUUGUGGUAGUGAAAUUUCUUUGGUAAGUCUUGUGGAUAAUACGGACAAAGAAAAUAAUUCCCAAAGUGUGGAUACUGAGAAGUCAUUGGAGAUCACGGGUGAGGAAGAUUCACAAGACAGUCUUUUACCCAAAACCAAGAGUGGGUCGUCCAAAUGUAGCGAGUGUAAUGGUGCGUGUUCUGGGUGUCGAAGACAAAGUUCAUCAGUAAGACGGAAAAAAAGUGACAAAAUGCAAGGGAAUUUAAAUAAAUCAAAGAAAAAAUUCUGGAGUCUGAAGCUACGUGGUAAAUUUCCUCAAGGUGGUCGCUAUUCGAGUCAUCACAGCCAUUCAUCCGAUGCUCCGAGUGAAUUGUCUCGCAGUAAUUGUCCUAGUCAUAGUCAUCAUCGACAAGACUUAAAUCGCCAACAAGAUUUACUUCAGUCGGCUAGUAAUCAAAUCCUUGUUGAUGGACAUAGAAUUCUGUGGAACAGCCCGUUAACUCUUAGUGCUAAUUUUGACGAGCUGUAUCCCACAGAAGAUUUUGAUGAAAGACGUAAAGCAGAUCGAGCUAAGGAAAUACGCGAAGGAAUUGAGUUUGAUAAAAGAAGCCGCUCUGUCAGUCCGACUGUUAGUCAAACGGCAGGUGCCGCAGGUCCGUCAAAUGUUUUAUGCCAAAUGUUUGAAAAUCGCUGUUCUCUAACUUUAACGUCAUAUCCUGCGUUAAGUCACGGUUAUGGAGUGAACUCUGAUUACGAAGAAUCUCUUUAUGGAGAAUUGGAUUUCUCCACGCCACUCUUUCCAAAAGUUGUACACACUCAAGUAGAUUAUAUUCAUUAUCUAGUCCCGGAACUUUCACAUAUCACAAACUGUAGUUUCUACUGGGGUGUCAUGGAUCGUUAUGAAGCCGAAAAAUUGCUGGAGAAUAAACCUGAAGGAACUUUUUUAUUGCGUGACAGUGCACAAGACGAAUUUUUGUUUUCGGUAAGUUUCCGUCGCUACAACAGGUCGCUGCACGCCCGUAUUGAACAAUGGAAGCAUAAAUUCAGUUUUGACGCUCACGAUCCAGCAGUGUUCGCUACCGAAACUGUGUCGGGUUUAAUUGAACACUAUAAAGACCCAAAUUGUUGUAUGUUUUUUGAACCCAUGUUAACCUUGCCAUUGAAUCGUUCGUUCCCAUUCUCCCUUCAGCAUUUAUGUCGUUCUGCCAUUUCUGAUCAUAUUGCGUAUGAUGAUAUUGCUUAUCUCCCCUUGCCAAAAGCUCUGAAGAAUUAUAUCACCUAUUAUCAUUACAAGCAGAAGGUUAGAGUAAGAUGUCUGGAUAUGCCAAACUAAAGUAAAGAGAAGAGAUUAUUUAAUUAUAGUGAUGGUGAAUCUGAUUAAGACACAGAUCCUAUUUCGUUUCGUUUUUUAUAAAUGUAGUUCAAAAUUUAGUUUUACUUGUCUUUAUCACACUAGGAUCUAGAAGAGUUGAUAUAUUAUCGCCGUUUUGGUUGAAGGGAGGGAUAAACCAAUGAAACAGUCUGUUACAGUGACUUCUUGGCAUGCCAUGCACAGAACUGAUGGUAAACCACUAGAAACGCCAACGCUGAUUGAUUAAUCAAUGUCUGACGUCAUAGGGUCGAAACCCGCUCGUACGACCCCUGACACAACCUUCUAGUACAACUUUUCAGAUCUUCAUGUAGUGUAGACCAUCGAAACUAUUAAAAAUGAAACAAAAUAUAGAUCUGUAUUUAAAUCAGAUUGUGAUGGUACAAUGUAUUAUAGUGUACAUAUAUAUAUAUAUUCACUAAAAAAAAUUAAUACCCAUUAAAAAACUCUUGUGGGAUAAAAACAAAGUACCAAAAAUAUCUAUACACAAGCACAUGUAGACCCAGGCAGUAUUAUUUAUAUUUUAGCCAUUAUUUAUAUAUAUUUAUAUUAAAUACUUGAAAUAUUAUGAAGAUGAUCAUUUUAUUAAACUUCCCAAAUAUUCUCGAAUGAAAGAGUUAUUCCCUCAGUAAACUUCAGAAUUUUGACUGAUUCUACCGUUGAUAUAUACUGAUGGCCAGUGAAAGAAUUUAACACCUGACUUAAUGUUGGUUUUAAAUUUUAUAACUGCAGCGAUGAAGAACUAUUAUUUAUUGAAAUUUAUUCUACAUGUAUGAAGUCUGUCCAACUCUUUGUAUAAGCUUAAUUAAAGUAUAAAUUUGAUUUCAUGUGUACUGGUCCCCUAAAAAUAUAAGCUUAUUCAGUUAGUGUAUUUUGUUACAAAUACUGACCAUCCAGUCUAGUAAUAAUAGUAAUACUGGUUAUAUCUUAUGGUUAAUGUCAAACUGGACAUUGAUCUGCGGUUGAAUUUACCAUAAUGAUGACUACAUAUACAGUACAUGCCAGGUGGAAGUAUGACAUUAGCCCUUGUGAUUCUUUUUUCCCAUACAUACUUCACGGAGAUAUAUAUGUAGUUGUUUUAAGCUAGUGAAAAUCUUCUCUAUUUUCUUAAAGAACGCUUUGCAGUUAUAUGUAGCAACCUUUUGUCAAUUCUACAAAAUCCAUCCAAUUUGGUUGACAAAACCACUGUAUGAAAGUCUUACUGACAAAAUAGAAAUUUAGGUAUAAUAAGAUGAAAUUAAAACCAAACAAGGUAUUAAUAUUAGAUGUAACAUGCAAGGACAAUAAGUCUAAAAAUCAGAUAGUUAUUCCAUUUUAUUCAGGCCUGGAAAUAACAGUUUUAGAUGUACCUGACAAAAUGUCAGGCACUAAUGAAAUAGUACCUGACAUUUUCAUCUUAGUGCCGGACAUGUAUUAAUAAUAUCAAUACAAAAUACAAAUCAGUGUUGGACAAAAUGACAGGCACCAGAGGUUUUGUGCCUGACAAAACCUGAAUCUGUGCCUGCCCUGGCAUUGUCUGCGACAGGUGCCUUAUUUCCAGGCUUGAUUUUAUUGCAUCAAAUGUGCUAUAACUCAUCUUGAAACAUCAUUGCUAAUCAUGAGUGAUUUAGACCCUUGGGCCUCUUCUAUCACUGUUCAGUUGCAACAAUUUAAUAAGAAAUAUUUCCUUUCAUAUAAUCUUCAUGUAUGGUGUAAAUAUUAGACUGUUAAAUGAAAUACAUGUACCCUUAAUGGUAAUAUAGGUUUUCCCUUUGUCAGUGGUACAGGACAGCUCUCAUGUCGUUCGGAUGGCAUGCACAGAAAAGAGCCUUUGGCAGUGUGAAUUCGAUAUAAGAGUAGGCUAUAGUGCCGCUGCCCAGGCAAAAUUUCACUCACAGCACCAUGUUUGGCGCAUGCCUGUCUUUAUUAUCCCAGUCGAAGCAGAACAGUAGGACGUUAAAUCUCAUUUCAUUUAUGGUACAUGUACAUGUUAUAUGUGUUAUACAGAGUUGUGUAUAUUAUACGUUUUUUUAUGGAAAUAUUAUACAAAUGGUAUAUUUGUUUGAAUUGCUUACAUUAAGGCCGUUGCCUUUAUUUUGAAUUUUUUUUUAGCCUUGGUCAUUCCAGUCCAUAUUGUCAUCACUUCAACUAGAACAAAUUGUGGACCAAAAUUGUGCAAAAUUUAUUAUUGGUUUCAACGGUCACACUAAGCUUCUGUUAUGCAUUUAUUAAGGGGGGGGGGGUUGGAUGGUCGAAUGGUUAGCACGUGCGUGCUGUAUUAUAAGGCCUGUCAUUGAGUCAACUGGCGUGGUUUCGAAUCCCCAGUCGUACGUGACAAGUAGUAGGGUCGCCUGUCCAACCUCGUGGGUUUUCUCCGGGUCCUCUGGUUUCCUCCCACUGCUAAAGACCCCCUACGCGCAACAGAAUUAUUGAAAUAAAAUUAAACCGUAUGUUAGUCUCGAAAUGACCUAGUUUGUGUCGAGUGGACGUUAAACCCCAUUUCUCUCUCUCUCUCUCUCUCGCAUUUAUUAGGACUGAUUAACAUAAAAAAUGACCCCCAACUUGUAUUUGAAGUAUGCAGAAUGCAUUUUAAUUGGUGGAUUAUGACAACUUUUCCCAUAAGAUAUUGCGUGAACUGAUGCCGCCAGUUACCAUAUACAUGUAGUUACACAGUAGCUUCUGUUUUGUCUGGCUGGUGUGGUUAUCUUUUGCAGAAACCAUGUCUAGUUGUUUGAAUGGGCCCAAAAACUGAAAUUCUGUAAACACGUUGGCGGGCACAAAAAAAAAUCUUAUCAGUUAGAAUUCGAAAUAAGAGUACGCUGUAGUGCUGCUGUACUGGCAGUAUUUCUGUCUUCAUUAGCCCAGUCGAUACAGAACAGUAAGGUUUUAAACCCCGUUUCAUUUCUAUUUUGUCCAGACUAAUGUUCGUUGUAAUCAAAGUGAAGACAAUAUAGGCUGGAAUGAUCAAGAUUAGACAACGGUCCACUAGGCAUCGGCAUAAUUGGGGUUGUGGAAUUUGUCUUUUGGAAUGGAUUGUUACUCUACGUGGGUAUGUGAGAGAUGAAUUUAAGUCGUUGUUAUAUUAAGGGUUUUUUGGUUAUUCUAUUCUACAUCAGUUGGUCCAAACAUUCAUAAAACAUAAUCAAAAUUACCUGAAGUUUUUUAAUUACAGCGAAAUCAAGAAGGUUGAAUCUCGGUUCACUUCCUUGUUGUAUAAAAAUAUUCUUCCUGGACCAUUGAUGUGUGCUGUGUUGUUAUUAUGUAGGAUAUUCAUUGAUGUAUUUGAUUAUUUUGUUCAAUAAUAAAUGUACAUGUACUGUAUCUAUUAUAUUUGCACACGUUACUUUAUUUAAAAAUAAAUUAUAUCUGACUGUCUGACAGUGUCUCUAUACAAUUACCGGAAAAGAGAAAGAAAUAAAAAUUUACCCGAUUGUUAAAAGAUGGAAGUACGCCCUCACAGCAGCCAUGUCACCACAGUAGUUUAUCCGAAAGGAAAGCUUGGAUGUAGGCCAAAUUUGAUAUUGCGGCAAAGGGGGGGGGGGAUAACUCUGGAAUGGAAAGUUGCAAAAUGCUGUAUAUCAAUAGGGUUUGUCCUCUAAUGGCAACAAUGCUUCAGACCAAAUUUCCAGAAUGCUCAAUAUCGAUAGGGUUCAUCCUUUUAUGGUCACAAUGCUACAAACUAAAUUUGGAAGGGACUCAUUACAGUCUCUACUGCAUUCACAAGUUUUCGGCAAGUGGAGGGGAGGGGGCGUAACUCUGGAACAGAACUGGAUAGGGUUUGUUUAUCCUCUCAUGACCUCAGUGAUUCCGAUCAAAUUUUAAAGAAAUGAGUUAAAAACUCUAGCCUCUAUCGUGUUCACAAGGUUUCUGGAAGCGAGGGCAUUCUUACUGCAUGUCAGGAAUCCUGUAGGUCCGUCCAGUCACAAUUUAUAUCUGAUUUUGAUGAAACUUAAGAUAUAGGUUUAUCUCCAAAAGAUCUUGGUUCCUUUCGUUAUCGUCAUGUAUUGGACCGUAAUUUCAUGGAUUAUAGCCCUGAUUGUAUAAAAAGUCACGUUUUUAGCUAGAGGUCACAAUUUUUAUCCAAUUUUGAUGAAACCUGAAAUGUAUCUUUAAAACCCAAAGAUCUUGGCUCAGGCAUAUCACACUGUUACUUCCUGGAUUGUAGCCCUUGAUUGUACGAAAAUCUAUCCAUCUUGUGCAAAAUGUCAGGGUAUCUUGCAUAGCAAUCGCUGGUUAUUUUUAGAUAUCCUUCCUUUAAUUUGUGCCAGAUAUGGUUAACAUGUCAACUCAAUAAUUUUAAUUUGAUCUGACAGAUUUUUUAAAAUUUUAAUAUGUUGUUAAUUAGGUAAUUACAUGACAAUGGGAACACACACAACAUACAACACAAGCUAUAUAUGGAUAUAACUACUUUUCUUUAUUAAAACGUCACACGUAUGUGUUGCGAAACAUUGUUAGAAAAAUGUGUGAUGUGUGUUAGGAAACGUGGUUAGAGAAAUGUGACAGGUAUGUGUUACGAAACGUCGGUUAUUAAAUAACCAAGAAGUACAUGUAGUCACCUAGUGUUAUUUGUUGUGAUGUACAUGUCAUGUAAAGAAUUAAUGGAAACACUUUCUGUUACACAUGACAAAGAAAGAUCAUUGGUUCAUGACAAAGAAAGGUCAUUGGUUCAAUUAUGGCAACUGAGUUAAAAUAUAUGUAAACUGAUUUAUGUAGAAUAUACCUGAUUUAAUCAGUUCAUUAAAGAUGCAUUAUGUAAGAAUUUGAUAAAGAGCUGGCCAUUCUGAGUAUAAUAGUUUCAAAAUAGAUAAUGCAAAAUGAAUAUAUUGAAACUGUCAAGACUUAGUCUUGAUUAUCCAUUUUAUUGUUAUAUUUUUAAAUCUCAGGCAAUCAAUGGUAGGGUGACCCGUGCAGUGAAAAUUUUCCCUACAGAAAGUUGGACUCGACACGACGAAUGUGCACGCUUCAGUGGCUUGUCUCGAAGUGAUUUCUGGCUAACCACGCAGUAUGAUAAUACUCAGUGCUAGAGUCUAUGAAACUAUAAAUAGCCAUCGCACGUGCAAUUCUCUACACAUCUAUCAACUAUUACAGCCGUAAAAAAAACUAUUGUUGAUGAUUCUGAAUAGCAGUAAUAUUUAGCAGCUUUAGAAAUUACGUUCAUUUUAUUUUUUAAAUUGCUUUAUCAUUAACUGUACCGUUAGGAGCAGCAUCUUUGGUUUAGUACAAAUAAUAUCUCUGAAACACUCGAGUUAGGCAGGAACAUGAUACUCGCAGUAGUUACAUUUUACUCACAAGUGCCCGGAUGUUAUGACCGACACACGUAACCAUAAGUAUUGUGGUGUAAUUGUCGAGCUAUUUGGAGAUAUUUAUUUAUGGUGGGUCACCCUACCAAUGGUCUAGAUAAUUGAUUAUUGUUAAAAUUUCAAAAUCUUGCAACUCUUCAAAUCCAUUUAAAUCUUGGCCAUCCGGUGGUCUAGAGAGUCCAUUUUGCUUGUCAUGUAUAUAAAUGUCUAAAUAAUAGUUUAUAUAAUAUUUCAUGCCAAAAUAAAGACCUGCAAUAUGCAGAUUUAGCUCUUACAUAAUGCAUCUCUAAUAGAUAUUAUAAUUUAUACAGUACAUGUAUGUUAUUUGUUUACACUUACAGUGUAUCGGAGAUUCAAUUAUGUUUGUUUCUUGUUUAUGAUAUUAAAGAUAUAUCUUUAAAUACAAA